AUGGGGGAUUUUAUUUCGAUGCUUUUCCCCCAUGAUGAGUUGGGAGGGUCGUCUAGGCGUAAUUCGGAUAUGGAAGAGUUUCAUCAUUGUCUAGAAGCUGUAGAGCUUUUUGAUAUCUCUUAUCAAGGGUGCCAAUACACUUGGAUUCAAAAGCCGUCAGGGGAAAGAGGUAUUCUUCGCAAAUUAGAUCGGAUUUUGGGGAAUUUGGCGUUUAUUGACAUCUUUGAGGAUGCCUCGGUCUUCUUUGAACCAAGAGGGAUUUCUGACCAUUCGCCGGGUAUUCUAACAAUCAAAGUUGGGAGAAGACUUAGAAAUCGUGGUUUUAAGUUUGAUAAUUUCUUGACUUCCCAUGAAGAUUUCCUCAGUUCGGUUGUGGGAGUGUGGGUGAAACCGAAGAAAGUCUCCUAUAUGAAGAAAGUUCUCCUUAAAAUGCAAGUUAUGAAAGGGGUUUGCCGUAGACUAAGAAAUUUGUAUGGCUACUUGGAUAAGAAGGUGGCUUUGUUAAAGUCGGAACUUGAUGUGGCUCAAUUGGCUUGUGACUUAGAUCCAUUUAAUGAUUUGCUGAAAGAGGAUGUUGCUCACCUAUUGUUAGCUUAUCAACAAGCUAGGACUGAUCAGUUGGAAAUGGUUAGACAAAAGGCGAAGAUUAUUUGGUUGAAUGAGGGGAUGGAAACUCAAAGUUCUUUUUUCACUCCAUGA